CCGUUGUCAGCUGACUGUUGUUUACCUUCCCCUGCUGACUCCGACUCCAAGGCUGUCUGGGGUGUGCACCAUGGGUCAUAUCUUCUCCAAAAAGCCACAGAGCAAGGUCACGGAGCAGGACAAAGCCGUUCUGCAACUAAAGACAACUCGUGAUAAGAUUCGCCAAUACCAGAAGAGAUCUGAUGAAAAGCUUCAGAAGGAUCGGCAGGUAGCAAAACAGCUUCUGCGAGAUGGAAAGAAAGAACGAGCUAAACUUCUGCUACGGAAGAAAAGGUUUAUUGAGGAACAGCUGAAAAAGACUGAUGGAACACUUGAGAACAUCGAAAAGAUGAUUGAAGAUAUAGAGUUUGCUCAGAUACAGAUGAAGGUGGUUGACAGUCUUAAAGUUGGUAAUGAAUCACUGAAGCAGAUUAAUGCUAUGCUUGACAUUGAAGACAUUGAACGCAUUCUUGAUGAAACACAAGAGGGAGCAGAGAAACAACGGGAAAUCAAUGCUCUUCUGAGUGGAGGAGUGUUGACUGAAGAGGAUGAGUCAGCAGUGGAGGAGGAGCUGGAUGCCCUCAUUGCUGCAGCCGUCCAGAAACAACUGCCAGACGCACCCACAGCUGCUGAGAAUCCUGAAGUGGAGCUUCCUGAUGUGCCUGAAACUGCUCUAGAGCCAGAAAAGGAGAAAGAGAAGCAUAAAGAAAGGGUGGCUAUGGCAGCAUCUUAAUGAAGGAUCAAAGCAUGUAAUUUUCUGGGAAGUUUAUCUGUGUUAUAGUUUCAGACAUCACACUCGUAUUGUGAUAAAUGUUUAAGGCAACUUUUGUAUUAAGAAUACAAUUGCUGUUCCAGAUUCAAUGAUAUGGUGCCAGUAAGCAACACUUGUAUAUUAUAUAAAGGAUUAUAGUUCACUGGGGCAUUGAUUUAAUUGGAACAAGAAGUUAACUUGCUCAGAUCUUUUGAUAUAAACUGAAAUUAUUUACACAAAAAUUUAUGUACAGUACUUCACUUUUCUUGAAAAGUUUCAUAAUGGAGUAGCUCAUUAGCAUAGCAUUUGUUUACCAUUGAUAAAUCUAAUAGAUCAGUAGAAAUACUUGCCUUACUACCAGUGGUGGGCAGCCAAACAAGCAUUUCCACAAACUGCUCCUACUGCUAUGGAGCUUUUUUAUUCCUGUAAAGGAUUGUGAAUGAUGCAAACACUUGGAAAUUUAUGGUACUACUAUCUUCAACUACAAAGAGAUUCACAGUGUUCCACUUCAAUUUGUUUUCUUAGAGAGAGAAAAUUAGAACCAGCAUCACUAUUUCUCAUAUUUUGUUAUUGUUGGUUAGGGCUUUGUAUGUAGAUGACUUUUUCAAGUGCAACAUGAUCAUUCCCAGCCAGCUAUGGAGACACUGUCCUUUGAGUGUCAUAUGAUAUGAAAGUCAAAAGGGCAAGUCUAAUCUUGGAAAAAAAUUGAAUGUUUGAUCUUCAUGAAGAGAAACAUAAACCUCCUUCACAUAAAGGAUUUUUUUCUAGUAUUAAAGAACUUUGAAUGCAUGGGUACCUGAUCUCUCAAUGCUUGUGCCUAAGUCCUUCAGAAGCCUAUGAUUAUUCUAAACAAUUACAGUAAAUAAUUUGUUAUAUUUUAUUUUUCAUAUUUUUCUCUUUUCAUGCACUAGACAUCUAAAUUUUAAAUGGAUUGUGAGCAUGGUCUUGUGGUUGCAUUGCUUCUCAUUCCAAGCUUUUAAUAGAGUAGUGAUUGUGAGUUUAAGUUUGUGGAGCUGUGAUUGUGGAUUGUGUCCAUCACUUCUUUUAUACGAUGAUUUGUUUUCAGUUUGCCAUUGUUAUUCAGGAAAGUAACACCCAGCUGAAUGUUCCUCACAGGUUAGUUUUAGAUGAAGUGAUAGCAAGAGCUUCAAACUGUGAUUCCCCACCAAGGUGCCAGUUGACCUUGCUUGUGUUUGCUUCAUUUGUAGUUGUACUUAGAAGACUUUGCCUCUUUGUGCAGUCAUCUGUCCAUAUUGAGUGUGACAGUAAUGAAGCCAGUUGAUUGCAUUUAGCAAAAUUAUCGUCCAGGACAGGAAUGAAUGAAAACUUUCUAUUUCAGCCAUCACAGGAACAGGCAUUCAGCUAUUAUGCUAAUAUCCAUGUAGUAUAUGUAAGUGGCUGCAGUGUGCUGAGGGAAAGGAAGUCACAUGUAUGAAACAUUCACAUUUUGGUAGCCAUUAAAAAUGGACAAUUACCUUAAGGGUUUUGAGCUAUUUUUAUACUGUGAGAGUAUUUUUUAUUGAUUGUAGCUUGCUAAGGGGUCUAAUGUAAUUACUGUGUUUGAAUAAGCUCACACAUUCAUCUAGUCCUUUCAAAUUGUUGUACUGAUAAUACACUAAAUAGUCAGCUAUUAUCAACUGUCAUAAUACUUUGUUGCUUAUUUAUGUAAGUGGUGCAUCUGUCUCUCUCUCUCUCUCUCUCUCUCUCUCUCUCUCUCUCUCUCUCUCUCUCUCUCUCUCUCUCUCUCUCUCUCUCUCUCUCUCUCUCUCUCUCAUUACAGUUUUUAUAGAUUCAUUGAUGAUUACAGCAUAGAAUGACCAAGACAAGUUCCUUGUGACAGCAAAAAUUCAGCAUCCAAGUUAUUUGAUUUAUUUCCUAAUACCAAAUUUCAUAUCUGAAUUAAAAUUGUUUGAAAAUAUGAAUACUAAUGAAUGAAAAAUUAAUGAAACUUUGGCCAUGAUAGCUUAAGGUUGCUAUGAAGAUUAAUGAAUAAAUGUUUUCUAUAAAUCUCA